CGGGCCGCGACGAAUGCGUGAGUUCAGAUGCGAUGCACGCGGUCAUGCUCAGGCGGUCGCAGAGCCACUGGCACUUCCGUAAUUGCGUUACGCAGCAAUGACAGCCGCUGCCGAAGUCUCGGGCGGUGAGGAAGAAGUGCUGUCGAUCCAGCUCGUUGCGGGCUUUAUCAUCUUGGUCGUCGUGUUCGUCGCCAUCAUGGAGCGCAUUGUCGAGUACCUUUUGCACGUAGCCAAGCGCAACAAAAAGUACAAAGAGAUGCUCAUCAAGACGAUCGGUGAGCUCAUGGUCGUGGGACUCAUCUACCUCCUCGUCAAGCUCCUGUCGUACCUUGGGGGCCUGAGCACGCUACACUACCACGCGAUCGACGCCGCCGACAUUCUGGUGUUUCUCGUCGUAAUCUUCCUCGUGGUACAAGCAGUCGUCAUCUUCAUUGUGCUUACGUACACAAACAACUUGACCGACUCGGUGGACUUGUACUCGAUGGAGGACCUCGUGGCCUUGGCAGAUGCCGAGGAGGCGCGAUCGCUGUCGUGGCUUUUUCUGCCAAAAGCCCGUCGUGGCAUGCAGCUCAAGUUACUUGAAGCGCUUUUUGUCAAGGUGUACGAGCUCCCCCCGCUGUUUUCAUUCCCCAAAUACAUCCUCGAGAUCCAAGAGGACCAAGUCGUCCAGCUCGCGGAUCUUCGCAUUUCCCACUGGAUCAUUCUCGUUGGCAUUUUCCUCGUCUUCUUCACGUGCACCGGCGAGAUGCAAACCGACCAUGCGCCGUACCGAGUUGUCGCCAACGAUGGUGCGGUGGAGUCUCUCCAAGACACGCGCGUCCUAGUGAUGGGGGUCCUCGCUGGGGCGCUCCUCGGCUGCAUGUUGCUCCUCAUGUUGUCCCUUCACCGCGCCCGCUUGUUUCUGCUGCGCCGGGCCGGGCAGUUCCUCGAGAUAUAUAAUACCCCGACCUGCGCCGUCAAGCUCCUCCAGACCGAGGAAUCGCAGGCGGCAGCUGAUGGGAGCCCCAUCGCUGACGAGCCCCAUCACCACCUUGAUCUGUCCUUCGACGAGCAGAUCCGCCAGAUGCGAGACGUGAGCGAACUCGUCCGCAGCAGGGAACCCGUCAAACACCGCCACAUCUUUGGUGCCGAGCUCUUUUACCGUCUGUACGCGAUGCUGUGUGGCAGGCCGGUGGCCCACCCGAACGCCCUCGACGCCCGCGUACCAGGGGACAUGUUUCAACUGCGGGGCUUCUCCCUUCCCCGCGCACAGUUCCUCACGACGUUGCUGUUGCUCCUCAAUGGCCUCUACGGCGCGAUCCUGUGCACGUCCGUAGUCCCGUCCAUUAACUCCACCACAAACGGCCUGUACGUGGCGGGGUGCUGCGUCCCGAUCGUGCUCAACAUGGUGGUCAUCGCGCCCAAGUUGAUCUCGAACUUUGCAAUCGUCCUUGGCGUGUGGAAGAUUGACGGCCGCGUCCUGGCCAAAACGAUCGACCAUUUCGUCCAUGUCGCCAAGCUCAAGCACCAGCUUCACCAAGACAUUUCGACGAGCCCCGCGAUGGUCGACGACAUCCAAGGUCUCGUUGGCGCUAGCGCCGACGGCUACGUAGACAUGGACACAAUUCAUGACACUGUCGCGGCCUGGGGCGUGUCACUCACUCGCCACGACCUCAACACCCUCGUCUACAUGGAGUGCCACUGCCGCGGCGGCCGCAUCCUGUGCUCGGAUCUCGCGGCACUGUGUCGACCACCCAAACCUGUCGCGUCUGGCGAUUCCCACGCGUUAAAGCAAACGACGACGAGUGCCCGCCACGGGGACAACGUCGCCUACCAGCGCAUGGCAUCGCCGCACUAGACGACGUGAGAAGCCAUACGAUGGCGCUUUUUUCUUUUGAAAGUGCCUGCAUUUGGUGGUUGUUUUAUGUUUUGAUCGAGCAUCGCACCCAAAUAGCGUGUGGAGAUGGACCUGCUCUCGU